AUGAGUGCUACAAGGCCACUCAAGAACAUUGGGCUGCCAGGCUACAGGUUGCUCCUCCACACCAUUGUCAACUCUGGCCCUGGGGACGAAACUUACGGCCCAAGAAACAUCCUGGAAGGCAGGGAAGCCGCUCCGACACUCUCCGGCUCCUUCUCGGAGAUCGAUGACAUCGCCCUCGACACCUUAGACGCUCUCUUCGCCGGAACCGACAUUGACAUUCUAGUGGCCUAUGUCUCUCUGUUUUCCCCUGAACCUUCUUUGACUUCCAGGGUUGUCAACAGGUACAAGAUGAGGGAACACAUCAAGACGUUCAACAUUUCUGGGAUGGGAGAGUCGAUUCGAUCAAACUGGUACUGUGGGAAGGAGCUAUCCGUGAUUCUGUCCAACUGCCAGUUCCCCUCCUGUGGGUUUUCAAUGCUGUUGACCAACAAUGGGAGCGCGAAUGGGAAACCAGUUAUGAAACUGGACCAAUUGGUGAGAACACAUUUGGGAGCAGAUGAUGAUGCAUACUAG